AGUUGGCGAUGAACACAUUGCAGUACCUGGUAACAUUCUUUUUCAUACCUGGCAAUACUUCCAAUCGGUGUUUUUUGACAUAGAGCGUUAAAUCUGCGAAAAAGUAACUUUUUGUUUGCAAUGGAAGGCGCUGUUAAGCUUAACAAUUCGAACGCCUCGCCGUUGCCACAACGCCAGCAAAGGGGCAAUCCGACCAACAUGAAUCUGGGCAAGCACACAGGCCCCAAGCAAAAUGCCGCCAGCGACGGUAAUCCUGCUGAGAAAAAGCCAAGAUUUGGAGCAAACAACCAGAACGGUGGCGGAGUAGCUGGUGGUGGCGGUGGUGGUGGUGCUGGUGCUGGCGGUGGUGGCGGACGCGGUGGAUUCGCCGGAAAUCGCAAUCGAGGCGGCAACCAGAAUCAAAACCGUCAGGGUUUCCAAGCUGCAAAUAAUGCACCUCAGAAGCAAAUCAUCGAAUCACCGAAGUCGGCUGCGGGCAAUGUGCCCGCAAAGAACAAUGAACCCGCAGCUGCCAACCCAAGCCCGUCCAGCCAGAAUACCAGCCAGGGUCAGGGCAACCAAGCAGGCCAGGGUAACCAAGGAGGACCGGGCUUCCGUGGUCGUGCCAAUGGCCCGAACCAGCAGAAUCAGAAUGCUAGUCAGGGAAAUCAAGGAGAUCAUGGAGAUAAAGGAGGACCGGGCUCCAGAGGUCGUGGUGGUGGCCAAAACCAGCCGAAUCAGAAUCAGAAUGCCAGCCAGGGUAACCAAGGAGGUAAUCAGGGAGGACAGGGCUUCCGCGGAGCUGGAUGUGGAAAACAGCAGCGCGGAGGCCAGCAGCGUGGAAACCGCGGCAUGCGGUCUGGGGGACCAGGAGGCAUGAACAACUCGUUAUUGGGAGGCGGUGGCCAGCGCGGCGAGGACUUUUUCAUUACCCAACGACUACGCAACAUGGGUGGACCCACACAUGAGUUGCCGCCUAUUGAAUUACCCUCCGAGGCCAAGUUCUCCGGACGCAACCGCUUGUAUGUUGGCAACCUGACCAACGACAUAACUGAUGACGAACUGCGUGAGAUGUUCAAGCCAUACGGCGAGAUCGGCGAGAUCUUCUCGAACCCGGACAAGAACUUUACAUUCCUGAAGGUAGACUACCACCCAAAUGCUGAAAAGGCCAAGCGCGCUUUGGAUGGCUCCAUGCGCAAGGGACGUCAGCUGCGCGUCCGUUUUGCGCCCAACGCUACCAUUCUGCGUGUGAGCAAUCUCAACCAGUUCGUGACCAACGAGCUGCUGUACCAGUCCUUCGAGAUCUUCGGACCCAUCGAGCGCGCCAUCAUCAGCGUGGACGAUCGUGGUAAGCAUACCGGCGAAGGAAUAGUUGAGUUCGCCAAAAAGUCCUCGGCCAGCGCCUGUUUGCGCAUGUGCAACGAAAAGUGCUUCUUCCUGACUGCUUCGUUGCGUCCUUGUCUGGUGGAGCCGAUGGAGGUGAACGACGAUAAUGACGGCCUGCCGGAGAAGGCGAUAAACAAGAAGAUGCCCGACUUCUGCCAGGAGCGGAGUAUCGGACCGCGUUUCGCCGAUGUGAAUUCGUUUGAGCACGAGUAUGGAUCUCGCUGGAAGCAAUUGCAUGAUCUGUUCAAGAGCAAACAGGACGCACUCAAGCGUGAGCUGAAAAUGGAGGAGGACAAGCUGGAAGCCCAGAUGGAGUACGCCCGCUACGAACAGGAGACCGAACGCCUGCGCCAGGAGCUGAGGAAGCGCGAGGUGGACAAUGAGCGCAAGAAACUGGAGUGGGAGAUACGUGAGAAGCAAGCUGAAGAGAUGCGAAAGCGCGAGGAGGAACACAUGCGUCGUCACCAGAGCCAAAUGCUUCGCCAAGAGGAGGACAUGCGAGCCCGUCAGCAGGAGAGUGAAUUGCUUAUACAAGCCCAGCAGCUCAACAUGAUUCUCGACCAGCAGGAAGGAUUCGGAGGUAGCAACUCUGGAUUCGAAAACUUCGUCGAAUCCCCUUUUGAGGUUUUUACUAAUAACAGUAACAAUUCCGCAAUGGUUGGAAUAAAUUCUGGACCUGGAGGACCAGGACCAGAUUCGAAUUUUGAGUUUGGAGCUGGCGUUAACCAACGCGGAAACAGUGGCGUUGGAAACAGUGCUCCAUGGGGACGCCGACGCUUUUAAACAUGGAAAUCAAUAUAGAUAGCGAUCAGAAAAGCCGUAAUCUCAUUGAUUACGCUUAAUAUUUGACAUUUUGCUCGGCUAUGAGUGAACAACAGAGAAUAACAAAGGGAUCGUGUAAGCAAACAUGCAUUCUCAUUAUAAUAACAAUUGAAUUUAAAUAAUUUUAAAAAAUAUAAUGAUAUCAUCGGUCUCAACAAAAAAUCCACCACGAAGUAAUAAAAGAAAAUGACAAAAAAAACCUUAAGAAACAUACAAUCCAAACCCAAACGGCAUGCUUACAAGAUGUGCAGUAUUUCGAAGAAAAUCACCUGAUUACCAUUCAUCUUUUAAUCAUUACGUGCAUCUAUUUAUUCAUUACGAUAAUUUUAGAUAUAUGUAGUGACUAUCUCCAGUAACAUGAUUAAUUUGUGUCUAUCAUUCACAUUAAAUAUAUGAAGAUACGACUAAAA